GGGUAAUACAUAGUACAUACCCAGUCACAGUACAUGGAAAUACGUACCAUGGCUCCUCCCCCACGGCCCAAAAAAAGAUUGUUGCUGGUUACUUUUGUACAAUAGCUGUUUUGCCGGCUCCCUUUGAGUCACCUUCAUUCACAUCACCACCAACAACACUUCUACCUUUACACACAUUCUGAUCCAUACUAUUUUGACAUCCCAAAAGCAUUCGGCCUUUUGUCCAUUGGCCUCUUGGGCACACUCGCUUCCCGCACCUUCUUCUCCGUCUUCGGAAUCAUCUCUUCCCCCGCCAUUCACGGUCCCUCGAGCAACAUCAUGGCUGCGAACGGAGCGGCAGAGCCCACAAAGGUCUCAAUCCUGGGGAAGGAUUCCAUUGUGGUCGACCAUGGGAUUUGGCAGAGCUACAUUGCCCGCGAUCUGAUCACCAAUAUCCCAUCCUCUACCUAUGUCCUCAUCACCGACACCAACAUCGGCCCGCUCUACAUCCCGACCUUCGAACAGAGCUUCAACCGUGAAGUCUCGAGCCUCUCCUCUCCCCCCCGACUCCUUACCUACACAAUACCGCCCGGCGAGAACUCGAAAUCGAGAUCCACAAAGGGCGUGGUGGAGGACUGGUUGCUGUCGCAAGGAUGCACGCGCGACACCGUGAUAAUUGCGCUGGGCGGAGGAGUGAUUGGCGACAUGAUCGGAUUUGUCGCCGCCACCUAUAUGCGCGGAAUCAAGUUCGUCCAGGUGCCUACAACGCUCCUGUCCAUGGUGGACUCGUCAAUUGGCGGAAAGACGGCCAUUGACACACCUGCGGGCAAAAACUUGGUCGGCGCAUUCUGGCAACCGGAGCGCAUCUACAUAGACUUGCAAUUCUUGCAGUCAUUGCCAAAGCGCGAGAUCAUCAACGGCAUGGCCGAGGUCGUAAAGACUGCAGCCAUCUGGGACGAAGAGGAGUUCACCGCGCUCGAGGGCAACGCUGAGGCAAUUCUCCAAGCAAUCGACCAGAAGCCCGUCAAUGGCCGCCGGAAUCUCGAUUCCAUUGCUACCAUCCUCAAACGAAUCGUACUCGGAUCCGUGCGCGUCAAAGCAGAGGUUGUAUCAGCAGACGAACGGGAGGGCGGACUGCGGAAUUUGUUGAACUUUGGACACUCAAUUGGUCACGCUAUGGAGGCUAUAUUGACCCCCCAGAUUCUCCACGGCGAAGCCGUCGCUAUGGGAAUGGUGAAAGAGGCCGAGCUUGCCCGCUACCUGGGCGUAUUGGACCCUUCAGCUGUUGCGCGACUGUCCAAGUGUAUUGCAAGCUACGGACUUCCUACUUCGUUGAACGACAAGAUCGUACGGAAGCGCUCCGCGAACAAGCACUGCCCUGUGGACGAACUCAUUCGAAUCAUGGCCGUCGACAAGAAGAACGCCGGUAAACAAAAGAAGGUUGUACUUCUUUCCGGCAUCGGAAGGACCUAUGAAAAGAAGGCCAGCUCGGUUGCCGACCGAGAUAUCAAGCUUAUCCUUUCACCGGCUGUGUCCGUCCACCCCGGUGUUCCCUCUGAUCUGAACGUAGUCUGCACGCCCCCUGGAUCGAAGAGUAUUUCCAAUCGUGUGUUGGUUCUUGCUGCCCUUGGAACUGGAUCCUGCCGCAUCACCAAUCUCCUUCAUUCAGACGAUACUCAGGUCAUGCUGGAUGCUCUAGCCAAGCUCCAAGGUGCAUCUUUCUCCUGGGAGAAUGACGGCAAGGAACUCGUAGUCACCGGCAACGGAGGCCAGCUCAAAGCCACCAAUGAUGAGCUCUAUCUGGGCAAUGCUGGUACUGCAUCGCGAUUCCUGACCUCCGUAGCGGCGAUUGCAUCGUCACACUCGGGAAUUACAUCCACCGUGCUCACCGGAAAUGCACGCAUGAAGGAGAGGCCCAUUGGCCCACUGGUCAAAUCCCUCCGCUCCAUGGGUAUUGAUGUGAACUACAAUGAGAAGGAAGGAAGCUUGCCGUUGCGAAUCUCCGCCUGCGGUGCUUUUGGUGCAAGCACGGGAGAGCGGGCAUUCUCUGGCGAGAUCGAGCUCGCAGCAACCGUCUCGUCCCAGUACGUUUCUUCCAUCCUUAUGGCCGCACCAUACUCGAGCAAGCCAGUGACUCUUCGAUUGGUUGGCGGUAAACCCAUCUCUCAGCCAUAUAUCGACAUGACCAUCGCCAUGAUGGCCGCUUUCGGCGUGCAAGUAGAGAAGUCACAAUCCGAGCCCAACACAUACCACAUCCCUAGCAAGCCUUACACAAACCCCUCCGAAUACGUCGUGGAGAGCGAUGCCAGCUCAGCAACUUACCCUCUCGCGAUUGCCGCCAUCACGGGUACGACUUGCACGGUCCCUAACAUUGGUUCCGCCUCCCUACAAGGAGAUGCUCGAUUCGCCGUCGAGGUUCUUAAGCCAAUGGGCUGCAAGGUCGAGCAGUCCGAGACUUCCACGACUGUCACCGGCCCUCCUAGAGGAGAAUUGAAGGCUGUUAAGGAGAUUGACAUGGAGCCAAUGACUGAUGCCUUCCUUACUGCAUCUGUCCUUGCUGCUGUCGCGAAAUCGAAUGGUACUUCCACUACUACAAGGAUUUAUGGAAUUGCCAACCAGCGUGUGAAGGAGUGCAACCGCAUCCAAGCAAUGGAGGAUGAACUCGCCAAGUUCGGCAUCACCUGCAGGCAAUUCGACGAUGGUAUCGAGGUCGAUGGCCGCGGUUACGAGCUGGAUGCUCCAAGAGUUGGAAUUCAUUGCUACGACGAUCAUAGAGUAGCAAUGAGCUUCGGCGUCCUUUCUCUCGUCGCGCCAAAGCCUGUUCUCAUUCUCGAGAAAGACUGUACAGGCAAGACUUGGCCAGGAUACUGGGACAUCCUCAACCAGCAAUUCAAGGCUGAGCUUGAUGGUGUUGAGCCGCCACUCGUCCUCCACGACAGCCAUCGCGGUCUCAAGACCCAUGAAAAGUCUAUCUUCAUCAUUGGAAUGCGAGGCGCUGGCAAAACCACUACAGGCGGUUGGGCAUCUCGCAUUCUGGGAUGGCCUCUGCAGGAUUUGGACACUGCCCUUGAGGAGGAGGUUGGAAUGACAAUUCCUGAACUGAUUAAAUCUAAGGGUUGGGACGGCUUCCGCGAUGAAGAACUGAAACUACUCCACAAGACGAUGAAGGAGAAGCCCACUGGCCACAUCCUGGCAUGCGGAGGUGGCAUUGUAGAGAUGCCCGAAGCUCGCAAGGCUCUUGCCAAGUACCAGCAGGACGGUGGUAUCGUUCUCUUGGUGACUCGCGACAUCGAGAAGGUCAUGGGAUUCUUGCAAAUCGAUAAGACACGUCCCGCAUAUGUUGAGGACAUGAGGGGUGUGUGGCUUCGACGGAAGCCUUGGUAUGUGGAAUGCAGCAACUACCAUUUCCACACACAGAGCGUAGAUUCCGUUGGUCUUGCAAACACCUUGGAGGAUUUUGCCCGCUUCUUGGCUUUGAUCUCUGGCAAAGGGGAAGCACUGAAGGCAUUGAAGAAGAAGAAACAAUCCUUCUUCGUAUGCCUAUCCGCGCCCGAGAUUCUACCUUGGGUGAAGAAGUUGCCCGAAAUUGUGGUUGGGUCAGAUGCUGUUGAGUUGCGAGUUGAUCUUCUCCAAGAUCCAAACUCACCAGAAGGCAUGCCAUCACCAGAAUUCGUCGUGGACCAACUCGCCUUGCUACGCACCGUCAUCUCAGUACCCCUGAUCUUCACACUUCGUACCAAGGCACAAGGUGGAAAAUUCCCCGAUGAGGCAUACAACGAGGCACAGCAACUCUACAGAACUGCAUUGCGGUUGGGUGUUGAGUUUGUGGACCUGGAAAUGACCAUGCCUGAAGAGAUUCUUCGUGAGGUUUCCGAGAAUCGCGGCUUCUCCAACAUCAUUGCGUCGCAUCACGACCCUCAGGGUCAGCUCUCCUGGAGCAAUGGCUCGUGGAUCUCGUACUACAACAAGGCUCUUCAGUACGGCAAUGUCAUCAAGCUUGUUGGUGUCGCGAAGACCCUGCAGGACAAUUUCGCUUUGGCGGAAUUUAAGACUUGGGCCGAAAGCUCCCAUCCCGUGCCUGUCAUCGCAAUCAACAUGGGAGAGCAUGGUAAGCUUAGCAGGAUAUUGAACAACUUCAUGACGCCCGUUUCGCACCCGCUCUUGCCUUCGGCCACAGCACCUGGUCAACUCUCUGCUGCCGAUAUUCGAAGCGGUCUGUCCCUGAUGGGCGAGAUCUCACCCAAGAAGUUCUGGAUCUUCGGCUCUCCAGUGCAACAGUCGAGAUCACCUCCUCUACACAACACACUCUUCGGAGAGUCAGGCUUGCCACACAGCUACGGGAUCCACGAGACCACCGAUGCGUCCACCAUCGAGCAAUACAUUCGUGCUCCAGACUUCGGGGGUUCAUCGGUCACCAUCCCCUUGAAGCAAGACGUUCGGCCGCUCCUCGAUGCCGUUGGUCCCGAAGUCGAUGCCAUCGGCGCACUCAACACCAUUGUGCCCGAGACUGCAACCGACGAGUCCGGCAAGACGGUGACGCGCCUCGUAGGAAGAAACACAGACUAUCUCGGCAUGAUCCUCGUCCUCCGCAACGCCGGAGCCCAAGGAAGCGCUGGACUGCAGAGCGCUCUCGUCAUCGGCGGCGGCGGCACAUCUCGCGCAGCCAUCUACGCCCUCCACGAGAUGCAAUACUCCCCCAUCUACCUCCUCGCCCGCAACCCAGGGAAGCUCUCCACUCUCAUCGAAGAGUUUCCCCCAACCUACAACCUCCGCGUCAUCCCCGACGUCUCCUCCGUCAACGAGAUCGAGAAGAUCCCCACCGUCGCCAUCGGCACCAUCCCAGCGAACGAGCCCAUCGACCCGUCCAUCCGCGAGACCCUCUGCGCAUUGUUCGACAAAGCCAAGGACGAGAAGAUCGCAGAAAACGCACCCAUCGGAUCGCUCCCCGCGAACGGCCGUGUGCUGCUAGAGAUGGCAUACCACCCACCCGUCACCGCUCUGAUCCAACUCGCCAAGGACGCAGGCUGGAACACGGUCAAUGGCCUGGAGGUCCUCGUCGGCCAAGGCGUCCACCAGUUUGAGUACUGGACUGGCAUCAAGCCACUGUACCGGACUGCGAGGGAAGCCGUCUUCGGCACCAAAUCCGAAUAGGGAAAACCCAUCUCAUUCGCAACUUAUCACCAC